GCAAACGUUCUCCCGAGACCCGGACCACGGCCCUCGCCAGGCGACCGCACGGAGGGCGCGUCCCGGCCCGCCAGGCCAGGGCAGAGUAUGGCGUGUGUGAGAACCCGCGGAGGCUGGAGAGCCCAGGCGUGUCCUUCCGCCAUGUCUACGCACAGCUGCUUCACCGGUACAGACACAUCCUGGGGCUGUGGCAGCCGGACAUUGGGCCGUAUGGAGGCCUGCUGAAUGUGGUGGUGGAUGGCCUGUUCAUCGUGGGCUGGAUGUAUCUGCCGCCCCAUGAUCCCCACGUUGAUGACCCCAUGAGAUCCAAGCCUCUGUUUAGAAUCCACUUGAUGGAGAGGAGGUCGGCCACCGUGGAGUGUAUGUAUGGCCACAAAGGGCCACACAAUGGCCAUGUCCAGAUUGUGAAGAAGGACGAGUUCUCCACCAAGUGCAACCAGACGGACCACCACAGGAUGUCCGGAGGGAGGCAGGAGGAAUUCCGGACAUGGCUGAAGGAGGAAUGGGGCCGCACGUUGGAGGACAUAUUCCAUGAGCACAUGCAGGAGCUAAUCCUGAUGAAGUUCAUCUACACCAGUCAGUACGACAACUGCCUCACCUACCGCCGGAUCUACCUCCCGCCCAGCCACCCUGAUGACCUCAUCAAGCCGGGCCUCUUCAAGGGCACCUACGGCAGCCACGGCCUGGAGAUUGUGAUGCUCAGCUUCCACGGCCAGUACGCCAGGGGCACCAAGAUCACCGGUGACCCUAACAUCCCUGCUGGGCAGCAGACGGUGGAGAUUGACCUGAGGCACCGCAUCCAGCUGCCCGACGUCGAGAACCUGUGCAACUUCAACGAGCUCUCACGCAUUGUGCUGGAGGUCCACGAGCAGGUGCGGAGGGAGCAGCAGCAGGAGGCUGGUGACGGCCCCGCCCCACCUCGUGAACAGCUGGCCGCCAGGGGACCCGACGGGGCAGCUGCCCAGGACAGUAAGGAGCCCGGGGAUGAAGCAGCCUCAGCCCCGGCCGGGCAGGGGCAGCCUUUUGUGCUGCCUGUGGGCGUGAGCUCGAGGAACGAGAAAUACCCACGCACCUGCAGAAUGUGUUUCUAUGGCACGGGCCUCAUCGCUGGCCAUGGCUUUACCAGCCCCGAGCGCACACCUGGUGUCUUUGUCCUUUUCGACGAGAACCGCUUUGGCUUCCUCUGGCUGGAACUGAAGUCCUUCAGCUUGUACAGCCGUGUCCAGGCCACCUUCCGGAAUGCAGAUGCGCCGUCCCCGCAGGCCUUCGACGAGAUGCUCAAGAACAUCCAGUCCCUCAGCUCCUGACCGCCAUGCUGCCCCGGGCUGUGUGGCCAAGGCCCAGCAUGCACUGGAAAGCAGCCUUUUCCCGGAUGCACACCUGCUCACCAGGGUCCUGGUUUAUGUAUAGUGUGUAACAUAUUCCUGUACAUUCACAGUAGCUGUGAAGAAGAAUGCUGAGCAUGUCAACAACAGCAAAACAUAACAAAACACCAUAAGCAAACACUGAAGGAAGAGUGAGUCAGGAUAGACAGGAUGGAGAGGCUGUGGGCAUGGGCAUGGAGUUCCCCUGUGAACUGCGGUGUCAGAAGUUCAACAGACCCUCUGCCAGAGGAGGCGGAAUGGACCUGUGUGAUCCCUGGGCAGACGAGCGGCUCUGUGGGUGGGACUUCCGCUCUGCCCACUCCUGCUGGCAAGGCUGGGGCCCGUGAGGGUGGUCGGGAGAAUGAAGCUGUCAGAAGUAUGGCAGUGUGGACAGGCCGUGGGUGUGAGAAGGGUCUCAGAAGUUGAAGUAACUGGUGUGCAGGGCCCUGGAUUAGAUUCCUGCUUCUCUGCUCACUUGCUGAGUUUUGGGGCACAGGGGACCUCUCUCACCAGUGACACAGGAUAGGGACGUGGCCUGUGUGCCUGCCCCAGAUAGGCUCCAGCUUCGGCCCAAGGCAUGGAUCUGAUGUUCCUUGUCCCCUGCAGCCAGUUUUGGUGGCGCACCAUUUUGUAUGUACCCUUCCCUCCUGUCUCCCGUGUGCGUCCUCUGGGUGUGUGUCUCGUACUGUGGGGCACGCAGCUGCCAUUCUCCAUGCAGACAUGCUGGCUGGGUGGUGCAGGCUGCCUGUGAAGCUCCGUGUGGAUGAGUUGUGGGCAGCUGUACUGCACGUGGCACUUCUUGCCACAUGCCCAUGUGUGGCACAGCACUGGAUGGCCACGAUCCAUGGGGACCCUUGGGCGUGGAGAUCCUGAGGUGCACUAGUGUGCCCCACGCUGUUAACACGUGUCAGACCCCAUCAUGUCUUUGCCGAAGGAUAGAAACCGUAUGUGUAGACCCUUGCAAAUUUUUUUCUUUUAAAUGUUGGUCAUAGGGCUUGAACUUGGGACCU